CAAAAUCGUGGCGAGGUAUCUGCAUUAGAUAUUCCUCCAGUACCGUAUUCCAAUUAUCAGGUAUGCAGAAGUUCACCUGUUACAAGGCCACCCCCGCGCGGAACUUGGACCCUACGACUUCCCACUCGGCAUUAUGUCAAGCGGCGAGAAAUAUUUCCAACCUUCUCUCCUAAAGAGAGACAUGCGCAGUUGCCAGUCGAGCUAUGGAUUGCAAUCAUUGACUUUGUCGGAGAAGAAGCAGACCUGUCUCGCCUCUGUCAAACGUCAAAGUUUCUUCAGUCGAUUGCUGGACCCCAAUUGUACGAGCGCCACUUUAUAUACACUGAACAGGCCAAGAGGAUGAGCAUUCGUUCUGCCCUAGUCCACUCCCAGUUCGAGUUUCUCAUCAAUACCCUCUGCCUCCGGCUUGAGCGCUGGUCAGUUGUAUCUGGUUCUGUGGUAUACUGCCAGUCCUCCAUCGGACAUGACUCGGCAAAGCGUCUUUCUCGCUGUUCAUGUGACGAACUGGACGAGACCCUCCAAGCAACAUUACCUAGCCUCCUCAACCUCAAGGAAUUGCGAUUAAACUGCUGCCUUUGCGAAACAAAACUGUACGACGAGCACCGCUACGAGCGACACCAGUACUUUGCUACCCUCCAGACCAAGAUGUUACAAGAGGUCAAGUUUAGCUGCUCCUGCUCCUUCAUGGACCAGAAGCAACUGGUGAAAUACUUUGGGGCGCCAUGUAUGGCCACUGUGACCACCUUGAGAUGGUGUGUUCGGGGUCUAUACAUCACCCCUGAAUACCUAAAGGCGUCUUUCUCCAACAGGAAUAUCUUGCCGAAGUUACAAAGCCUAUAUUAUGAAGGAAGCAAGUUGGAUGACCUUUUACUACAGCAUCGACCUAUUCAGCGAAUCAGUUCGACCAACACCUAUCGAGUCGAAAUGGUACCCAAGCACCAAGACUUGGUGUACAGGCGCCACCACCUGACACACGUCAGCAUCCAACAUCAGGAUACGCUCAGAGUUUUGUUCAAGACUAUUGAGAAGAAUCCCUUGUCGUUUCGGCAGCUCCAGCACCUGGGCGUGUUGAGGUUGAGACCUGGUACUAAUACUUGCUUGGACCAAGGCGAGGGACUAUAUGUUAUUCUUAGCCCACUUGCGGGCCUAGAACGACUCGCAUCGGUCGAAUACUCAUUCAACGGACACCCAACCGUGAUCCCAUGCUCAGGCCUGAGCGCACCCGCGACGGACAACAACGCCUGGAAUACACCACCCAAACCUUCACCCGCCAACAUACCCGCGGACACUGCGAAUCCAUACAUGUCAGCCAAAGCCCAUUGCGAUCGAGUAUUGGAGUUGGGGGACGACGAAUGCGAGACCGACAGCGUUCCAGUUGGGGAACCAGUGCCAGUGCUUUUGGGGUACCCAGAGGUGCUUGACGACGACUGCGAUAGCGGCGAACACGCUCAAUCCGAUCGCGGUGUACCCCGAGCUUGCGGGGACAGGGGUAUCACCGGUAAGAAUACAUGGAGAAGCUUGCGUGAAGAGGACAAAGAGGCCGGUGGAGAGGAAGAUGGCGAUGGUCGUGCCAAAGAGUUGGGCGGCGAAUUGGUUUUUGGGUUUGGCACGGAGGAGGUGACCGGUCUUGAGGUCGCCCGUCAUGUCGGUGGAUUGAGCGGCUGCUCCAGCGGAGAGAGCACCAGCGAUCAAGUUGACCAACUGUGCUUGGUUGACUUCCAUCUGAGAGAAGACACCACCGAAUACGAUUUGGGAGGCUUUGGCGCAGGUACUGACGGGGUUGAUAUCGGUAUCACCGGCAGACUGCACACCAAUGAACGAGAAGAUGAAUCCAAGCAAGAGCGCCAAAAUGGUCUCUCCACUAUCAAAUUUAUUAGCACCAUUUCAACUAAAUCAAUAAAUGAAUGCUUACACUCCGAUGUGGAAUUGGGUGCCCAUGAGGGCACACGAGACGACGAGGGAGAGGAACAUGCCCACGACCCACCACCAUGUCUUGACGCGAUCUUCGAGGGGAGCGGGGUCGAGGUCCUCCUCGGGUACAUAGUCGGGGUCCCUGACAAAGAUGCGCUUGAACGAGGCACCGAGGUGACGAGUGCCCUUGAGGCCUUGCCAAAAGUGGUGACGACUCGACAUGGCAAUCUGCAGGGCGACAUCGACACCGGGCCAGAGCAACCAGUAACGGGGGUCGAUCUCAACGCCCACAGCCAAGCCCGUCUUGACGAUCGAAGGAGCAAUGAUGGCCCACGCAAGUAUACUCCCACCCAAAAAGCUCCAACUGGCAUUAAUACCCGACAACAUACCCGCACCAAAGAAAGCGGGGGUAAACUCGAGAAUCCAGCCAUAGUUUUCGAGCUUGAUAGCUUCGGUCCAUCCGAGCCUGUAGAGCGUCCACCCAAUGUGCCAGUCCAAAAAGAUACCGGGGAUGAAUCCGUUGAGGGUCUUCCAGCAGAAACAGCCAAAGAGGUGGAGAGAGCGGAUUGUGAAGGCGGUUGCGGUGGGGGUGGGGAAGACGAGGCGUUGGCGGAUGAUAAAGUAGGUGCGGAGGGGAAUGACGAAGAACACGCCAAAGCCCACCUUCCGAAAUCGGACUUGGGGUUGGGAGAGAGGAGACCGAGUCGGUACAUGGCCGGAACGGCCGAGACGAAGAGGAUACCAAGUCCACCGGCUGAUGUGGCGGCGACACCCGUGGAGGGGAGUGCUUUACUCAUUGCUUUGAUGAUGGAGAAACCAAAGAUGGCCU